AUGAGAACCACUUUACAGGCAAGUUAUUGCUCAACUCAAGCGAAUGCACCAUUCGUCUUCACAAUCCAGCCUCCAACACCGUCGAUAAAUGCUGAUAAUUAUUACAGUGAAGGUAUGAUGAGCCCAUACCGAGCUGCAUAUCGUGAAGCGUUGUCAACUGCCUGUUAUCCUUUCGCUGAACCAAGUGCUGCUUAUUGCUCACAGCAUACUUCGACUGAUACAUGUUAG